UACAAGGACUGGAUUUUCUUCAUUCGAAUCAUGUGAUCCAUCGAGAUGUGAAGAGCUGCAACAUCCUUCUCGGAAUGGACGGCUCUGUCAAGCUGGCUGACUUUGGCCUCUCUGCUCAGCUCACCCCUGAGCACAGGAGACAGUGCUCAGUGGCCGGCACUUCUGGGUGCAGGGUGCCUGAAGUCGUGACAGGGCAACCAUAUGGCCCCAAAAUGGACAUAUGGUCUUUUGGAAUCGUGGGCAUCGAAAUGGUGGAACGAGAAGUUCCUUCCUGGAAUGAAAUUCCUGUCUUGCAUCAACGGAUAGCCACAGGAGGGAGACCAAAGCUGCAGCAGCCCGACCUAUUCUCACCAUGCCUGUGUGAUUUCCUGUGCUGCUGCCUGCAGACAGAUGAGGCACGGCGCUGGUCUGCCAAGGAGCUCCUGCAGGUAAAAUGCCGAGGGGCUGCAGGUGAAACAGUGACCCAGGGAUGGGCUCCUCCUCCACUGCAAUCCAGGUCAUCAGAUGAGCCUUCCUCCUCCUCACCUGUAGGGACCUGUAAAGGUCACCUGAUCCAAGUGCCCUGCAAUGAGCAGAGAGAUCUUUAA